UCUGAGUGCUUUUAGUUGUCCACCAUUGAAAAUUUAGUGGAAAAAAGUACAACAGUACAUGCAUAUACUCUCUAUCAUCUUGCCAAUUUUAUCAGCUCAUAUCCAAAAUGAUGAAGUUUUUUUGAAGACAAAACAGCCAAACAUAGGAUUCUGUGUGCUGGUUCUGUCUUUGAGGAUGCUAUCUAAGAUUUUCUUCGCUUUCUCAAUCAUUGCAUUUAUUUGUUUCUGUUCCUUGGAUUAUGCAGAAUCUAAACUUCCUCAGCAAGAGAUUGAUGCUCUUGAAGAAAUAACUAGGACAAUGGGUUCAAACUAUUGGAAAUUUGAUGGUGAUUCAUGCGAAAUUAAAAUGCUUGGUUUAACACAAGAGCCACCUGAAGGAUCUCAAAGCAGCAUUGGUUGUGAUUGCUCUUCUGAAAAUGACACAUUUUGUCACGUAGUAAGGAUAUCAUUCAAGGAGUACAACCUUCCCGGCACGCUUCCACCUCAACUGGUUAAACUUCCAUACCUCAAAGAAGUUGAUUUUGCGUUAAACUACCUAAAUGGUACAAUCCCGAAGGAAUGGGCUUCAACCGAACUAACUUCAAUCUCGCUAUUUGUUAAUCGUUUAUCAGGGGAGAUUCCUAAGGAAUUGGGAAAUAUUACCACUCUAAGAUACCUGAACCUUGAAGCAAACCAAUUUUCUGGUCUUGUUCCCUCUGAACUUGGAGUUCUAUUUAACCUGCAGACUUUGAUUUUAUCAUCCAAUCAAUUGUCUGGGAACUUACCAGGGACAUUUGCUCAGUUACAGAGUUUGAUAGAUUUUAGGAUAAGUGAUAAUAGUUUCAAUGGAAAAAUACCUAGCUUCAUACAGAAUUGGAAACAACUUCAAAGAUUAGAAAUGCUUGGAAGUGGAUUGGAGGGACCUAUUCCAUCAAAUAUAUCUCUUUUGUCUAAUGUAUCUCAACUGAAGAUUAGCGACAUAAAUGGUCCAAGUCAGAAUUUUCCUAUUUUAAGCAACAUGACUGGAAUGAUAAGAUUGAUUUUGAGGAAUUGCAAUAUCACUGGAGAGGUUCCUAGCUAUUUCUGGACAAUGAAGCAAUUGGGAAUGUUGGAUCUCAGUUUCAAUAACUUGUUUGGGGAAAUACCAGCAAUUGUACAUGUGGGACAUUUGAGAUUUCUCUUCCUAACUGGCAACAAGCUAAGUGGUAAUGUAGCCGACUCAAUCUUGAUGUCUGGAAGCAAUGUUGAUCUUUCUUACAACAACUUUACAUAUCAAGGACCUGGGAAAUCUGCAUGUGGAGACUACCUGAACUUAAACCUAAACUUGUUCCGGAGCUCCUUAGGGACCAAUGCAUUACAGGGGAUGCUUCCAUGUUCAAAUAAUUUCAAAUGUCCUAGAUAUUCAAGUUGUUUGCAUGUUAAUUGUGGUGGAAAGGAUAUACAGGUGAAGGAAAAUGGUGAAAAUAUCCUCUAUAUUGGAGAUGGAGAUGUGGUCGGUGGUGCUGCUAAAUAUUACGAUGAUUCUGAAAAUCACUGGGGGUUUAGUAGUACUGGAGACUUCAUGGAUGAUGGUGAUUAUCAAAAUACACGUUACUCCAGAUCUCUGUCAUCUUCAAAUAUGCCGGAAUUAUAUACAACGGCUCGUGCCUCUCCCAUUUCACUUACUUAUUUUCACUAUUGCUUGGAAAAUGGGAAAUAUACUGUGCGCCUCCACUUUGCAGAAAUACAAUUUACAAAUGAUAGGACAUAUAAAAGCCUUGGGAAGCGCUUAUUUGAUAUCUAUAUUCAGGGAAGAUUGGUUCAGAAGGAUUAUAAUAUUGAAAAUGAAUCACACCUUGCUCAAAAACCGCGUAUAUUAUCAGUAUAUAAUGUGACUGUUACAGACGGUAUUCUGGAGAUUCGAUUAUACUGGGCUGGCAAGGGGACUACAAGGAUUCCUGUUAGUGGAGUUUAUGGUCCCCUUAUAUCGGCUUUCUCUAUUGUUUCUGAUUCUAAACAUUGUUCAGAUCAAAAAAAUGGAAGGCAUAAAAUUGUUGUUGGAGUAGGAUUUGGAGUUACAGCUCUGUGCUUAGUCCUUAUUGUGGUAGGCAUUUUGUGGAGGAAAGGCUACACCAAAGGAAUAAUUAGAAGACAAAAAGUUAUUAAAGGGCAAGAUUUUCAGAUGAGAACAUUUACUUUAAAACAAAUUAGAGCCGCCACGGAUGGAUUCAGUCCUGCUAAUAAGGUUGGGGAAGGUGGUUUUGGUUCUGUCUACAAGGGUCAACUAUAUGAUGGUACAUGGGUAGCAGUCAAACAACUCUCCUCGAAGUCCCGGCAGGGAAACCGUGAAUUUUUAAACGAGAUAGGCAUGAUAUCUUGUUUACAACAUCCUAAUCUUGUGAAACUUCAUGGAUGCUGCAUUGAAGGGGAUCAAUUAAUAUUGGUGUAUGAGUACAUGGAAAAUAAUAGCCUGGCCCGUGCUUUAUUCCAAAAUCAGCUUAAACUUGACUGGUCAUCAAGGCUUAGGAUCUGCAUUGGCAUAGCAAAAGGUCUUUCAUUUCUUCACGAAGAAUCGAGACUCAAGAUUGUUCAUCGAGAUAUCAAAGCUAAUAACGUGUUACUGGAUGGGAAUUUAAAUCCUAAAAUAUCUGAUUUUGGGUUGGCGAGGCUUGAUGAAGAGGAAAAGACCCAUAUCACCACACGAGUGGCGGGAACAAUAGGAUAUAUGGCUCCGGAAUAUGCUUUAUGGGGUUACUUGAGUUACAAGGUUGAUGUUUAUAGUUUUGGAGUCGUGGUCUUGGAAACUGUUAGUGGAAAGAGUAACAAUAAUUACAUGCCAAGUGAUAAUUGUGUUUGCCUUUUAGAUAAGGCAUUAUAUCUGGAUCGGACUGAAAACUUUAUGCAACUGGUUGAUGAGAGAUUAGGGUCAGAGGUAAACCCAACUGAAACAAAAAAUGUAGUGAGAGUAGCUCUCUUAUGUACGAAUCCAUCACCAUCACUUAGGCCUACUAUGUCUGAGGUUGUAAACAUGCUUGAAGGAAGAAUGAGCAUUCCAGAUGUUAUCCCAGAAGGUAAUACUUUCUGUGAAGAUUUAAGGUUUAAAUCCAUGAGGGACAUCCAUCAAAACAAGGAAGGUCAUAGUGUAAGCACAAGCCAAACAGACGGCUCAACAGGAGUGCGUACAUAUAGCACUCCCUCAACAUUUGGCAAUGACAUUCAUGAGAUAUCCUCUGAACCAUAAUACGACAUGGUGAUUCUUAUUCUUUCAGAAAUCCAAACCAUAAAAUGAUAAAUAUUUUGGUAGAUUGUAGAUUUAGCUUCAUUUUUAACACUUCAUUUGCAUAUGAUAUGAUAGUUCACAGCUAGACUCUAAUGUAAAUUUCUAAUUAUCCUUGUAUGGGGAGUACAGCAGUACAAGGUUAUUUUUUUUGUAUUCAAUUGUAGGUGUUUGAGGGGGCUUAAGGCCUCACAUUCACUGUAUAGGUUUGUAAAAACAAUGUGCAAGCGACUCUCUCUUAGACUCCCAAGUGAUUGCGAAUAUGAAUUUUUGGUUGAAAAUAUCCUAUUCAUCUUUA